ACCAUAAAUAUUAUUUUUAAUAAGUCACUUUGACCAUUCUUGUCAAACGAUUACGAAUAAAAUUGUGAUAAAUAAAAUACACAGUAUUACCAGAGCACGCAAGAAAAUUAGAAUAAUUUAAGAAUAGAAACCGUGAAUUUAUAUUCUAUGAAAAUUUAUUAAUGUGACUGUAUAGACAUGGUUUAUAUAUCAAGUGAUGGCAAAAUUCAUAACUCAGUACCUUGGGGCUUAAAAAAAGUUGCGAAUUUCUUUUCGUCCAUAAUAUAUCUAGUAAUAAUGUUCUUCAAGACAUUAUUUGCUAUGGAUAUAGAUAAAAAUGAUGGUAAAAAUUCAAAAGAUUAUAAACCUGGCUUUGGUCCACCUAAACCUCCAAGUCGUAAACUGGGUAGACCCAGCAAUAUCAAUCAUAACGUCAACAUUCCAUUUGGGGGUUGCAGCAGUUGUCAGGGUUGAAUUUAAUAUGAGUAAAUAAGAUAAUGGAUAAUCUAUUUCCAUCAAAGAAUUUUUAUCGAAUCAAUAUGUUUAUUUAAAUAUUAAAGCUCAGAAAUAUAAUGAAUAAUUUGUAACAUA